AUGUCAGAGCAACAAUCCUCCUCAGAAGCUAAAGCCCAAGAGCUAUUUGAUCAAGGCAAGCUCGCUUUCAACAAGGGCGAAUACGAGUCAAGUGUGACCAAAUUGGGUGAAGCAUGUCAAUUACUGCAACUUAACGGUGAUUUAGCACCUGCCAAUGGUGAUGCUUACUUUUUGUAUGGCCAAGCAUUGCUUCAGUUUGCUAUUCAACAAAAUACAGUGCUGGGUCAGUCUGCUCAAGCAUCUACCACCAAGGUGGAGGAACAGCAAGAGAUGGCCAAGGAGGAGGAAGUGGAGUCCAAGAAUCCCUUGUUUCAAUUGAGCGGUGUACCUGAAUUUAAACAAGGCGAAGAAGAGGAAGAAGACGACGAUGAGGAAGAGGAGAACGACGAGGGAGAGGCUGGUAACACUGCAGAUGAAGAUUUCGAGACUGCGUGGGAUAUUCUCGAUGUUGCUCGACUUAUCUUUGAAAAGGGAGAGGACAUCAAAUCCAAGCUCAACUUGGCAGAUGUGCACUUAUGUCUGGGUGAUGUAUCUCUUGAAACAGAAAAGUUCAACGAAGCCUUGUCAGACUAUGAAAAAGCUAUCGAGAUCAAACAAUCCGUAUUGGAAGACGAUAACCGAGAAUUAGCCGAAGCACAUUACAAGUACGCAUUAGCAUUAGAGUUCUCCACAGAGAAAGCAGAUCAAGCACUUUCCGAAUUACAAAAAGCUGUCAACGUUUUGAAAAAGAGAAUCUCUAAUUUAGAAGCUGGAGCAGAUGGAGACAAGGGCAAAGGAAAGGGAAAAGCAACAGAUAUAGAUGAAAAAGCUUUGGAGGAGAUCAAGGAAAUAAAUGAACUUAUCCCUGAUAUGGAACUCAAGAUUGAAGAACUCGCUACAAGACAGGCUACUGAAAAGGAAGCAGAGGCUAUGUUGAAAGCCAUGUUGGGCUUCACCAAGGCAUCUACUGAAUUAACAGCAUCCACACCAGUCAAUGAUCUAUCAACACUUGUGAAGCGCAAACCUGCAAAUGACGUAUCUAAUCUCGUAAAACGUAAAGCUGAUCAGGUUGCUGCUAGAGAAGGAGAGAAGGAGGGAGAAGAAGAGGUCAAAAAGCCUAAAUUGGAUUAA